AUGAUGUACAAUCUGUUGAAGAUUCUUCAAAAGUUUGGCGAGAUAAAGUAUUUUGAGUAUCUCUUUCACACAAGUGGACCUUUGAAAGGGGAACCAAGGGGAUAUUGCUUUGUAGAAUAUGMCACAAGAGAGGAAGCACUWAAAGCUCUUCAAGGUUUAAAUGGCAAGAUGGCUUUAUCAAGAGCAUUAGCCGUUCAUUGGGCCAAAGAAGAUCAAAGCAAAACACUUCCAGAGGAAAAAAAGACCAAGUCGUCAGAAGACACAAAGCCACCAUGUUAUGGAUCACUUUCAUUGGUUAGUAAUGAUUCAAAGAUACAAGCCAUAGAAGCCAARCUAAGACKAAUGGAAAGUUCAAGYUACAAYGAUGAUGUUAAUUUAACUGGUAGAAGCAAGCACCCACUUCUUGAAGAAAGCGAACGCAACAAGAACAAACCUUAYUCAUAUCGACCAAAAAAUAAACGUAAAACAGACUGGAAAGUUUUAAAGAAACCAAGGUGACUUGAAAAGAGGGAUUGUAUAAUCAGUGAACAAAGUAAUGGUCCGCAUGGGAAUUGCUUUUCAUGAUACUACAAAAUUGCUGCAUGUCAUAUUGGAUUACGAUCAACUAUCAAGGGAGCUCUCUUCAAAGUGGUUAAACUAUCAUUGGCAUGUGGAUUUUAAACUAGUUGGAUGACUGAUUACACUUCAGCUAAUGUAAUUCUGCAAAGAUUACAUUACUGGUUAUUGCUGCAGUAAAUAGUGCUGUGUUUCAUUGUCAACUGGUAAAGAACAAAAAUAUAGUUCUAAUGACAAAUGAAAAAUUAUUUAAAACUCCAGUUUAUUUAUGUUUUGCCUGGCAGAAGAAACACCAAUGAGUUCUUGUGGAUUCUUCAAAUUCUGAGGGAAAAAUGUCAUCAAACUCCAUUUACGGCUGAUUGCCUCAUCUAAUAACAUUCAACAUCAUCUAGCCUGUGUAGCGGCCCUAAGGGGUUGGGGAAGGCAGAGCAUUCCUUUUUCUCGUCCUCAUUCUCUGCUCGGCCCUCCCCAAUCCCCUUAGGGCCACUACGUAGGCUAACAUCAUCAAAAAUGGUAAUUAUUGGGUUUUUCAAUGUUUGAUAGCAGGGGAAAAAUUGACUUCAAUUGAAUUCUGCACCAUACUAAGCAUGCUAUGUAAUAAUUUAGAGUAAAUGCACUUAUCCUUGAAACUUAAAGGGCUACUUGGACGAAAAUUGCGAAACAUUAGAAAAGACUUGGAAAUCAAAUAGACCUAUCCAUAUGGGUCUAAUAAUCAUGAAGCAACAGAUUUC